CGGCUGAGAGCGGGCGCGUUUUGACCCUCCGUCGGCUCAGCUGCCGCAGCACCGGAUAUGCGGCAGGCAUGGAAUCUCUACGCGCGUAUGGUGCGCGAUCACCCGUUGAAGACGCAGAUGAUCACCACGGCCACUGUGAUGCUUUCGGGAGACCUGAUCGCCCAGAAGGUGGUCGAACGCCGGUCCAGCAUCGACGUUCCUCGAGCGGCGAGGUUCUUCACCAUGGGCGUCGUAUUUGUCGGUCCCGUCGUCCGUGGCUGGUACCUCAUCCUCGAACGGGUUGUCGGCAGCGGGGCCAGCAGUGCGUUGGUCAUCAAGAAAGUGCUCCUAGACCAAACUAUAUUUGGUCCCUUGUUUGUGCCCAGCUUAAUGGUGGGUCUGGGCGUACUGCAGCGUCGCUCGUGGGACGACAUCCAGCAAUCAGUGCGCGCUAACUAUCUGCAGAUCCUGAAGACCAUGUACAUGAUCUGGCCCGUGGCGCAGUUCGUCAACUUUAAGUUUGUGCCCCUCAGCUACAGGCAGCCGUUCGGCAGUUGUGUGGCUAUCGUGUGGAACACUUAUUUGGCCGGUAAAGCCAAUCGAACGAAGAGGACGUGCCAUGGAGAAGUGACUUCGAAGUUGGCGGACUUGAAAGCUUGCGUGCCAAGCACAAGUAGCUGAUGAGUGAAACACGUGCAGCCUCUACGACCGCUGAGGCAAAGAGAUAAUGGAAGUGAAAAUCAGUUGGAAGCGAACUGCCAAAGCCUGACUUUGCGCUGCGGGAAAGGAGGGAGUGAAAGAAAAAUAUUUAUUUAUGCAUUGCUAAUUCUGUACAGGAUCUUAACUAGAGGGUCAUAUAUAUGAACAAAAUUUACAUAUUUUAAUAAGAACAAGCAUAUCUCAAAAUAAAUUCCUUAUUAGAAUUAUAGCACACAAAAUACAUCACACAACUAAACAGAACGUGUCAUUGUGUUCGCUGUUAUCAAACUGCGAACGUUACCCUGGAUGAUCAAGAGGAAUUUAUCCAGUGAUGUUCUGUUGAUUUAAGAAGGCCUGUAGAAGAUAUACUUAUUAGACUAUCUUGUUGUGCGUGGCAGAAAUGAAUACCCAGAACUGUCAGUGUGGAACCACCAAUGUUUGAGUGUCGGCGUCUUGUUGGUCUUUUGUCUGAAAUUGAGGCGUAUUUACGUGUGUAUCUUGACCGGGCGGUCAAUUAGCUGAUGCGUGAAUUUUAGGCGUGCUCGUCGAACUCAAUUCUGCAAUGGAAGAAUUCCUGUGUUUAGCAACUGGGUAGGUGAGUUAGUAAAUGUAAAUUUAUUGUAGAUAAUUACAGCCGCCUUCCUUUGUAUACCUCUUGGUUUGUUUGUAUCCGGUUUAGUAAAAGGUACCAUAUGUACGGCAUCGCACGUCCACGUUAUAUACUAGUAAAUUUAUUUUCCGACGUGCAAGACCUAGUGGACUAGUUAUGUGCAAGAGGCACUUUAAAGCUGCUGAAAAGGCGUCGUCUACGUGAAGCCCAUCAUGUUAUGGAUAUGCUAUCAUACGUGGCGAUGAGUGGGGAAAGUGGAAGUUUCCCGUAGUGAGCGAUACGCGACAGUGACGUCACCAUGUAGUCAAAAGUGUAUUGUGAUCGAUAUCUACAGCACGUCCACAAAAUCUCCACGUCAUGAAGACCCAGUUCC